CCUCGUGUACCGUGCCGGCCUUCGUAGGUGUUCGCUAACAGCACUUGCCCCAACGGUCUGUUGAAGCUUUACGGUGGAUUUUUGUCUGUAAUGUGUGUUGAACUUCUUUCGCGCCGUACGUUUGCCAUACUAAUCGAAGGUGUGCGAGAGACGCUUGUUUUUGCCGAGCUCGGGUCAAAUCAAACACGUCACACCGCCCGGCCGCCGUUGUUUCACUCCCAGUGCUGGUGUGACAUUGACCGCAAACUCCACAGCAAUGCAAGUUGCUUGGUUUGUGUUUCCUCACGGCGGAGGUGACCGUGGGCACGAAUCCUGAGCCCUCACAUCCCACAAGCAAAAGCUCCUUCACAAAGGAUGCGUGGCCUCACAUCACGAGCACGGUUCCAUUUAAAAAAAAACGGUGUCAAUCAUGUUACGGUUGAUGAUGCUGCUGCUGCGUCUGCUAUUAUUACCGGUGAUGGAUUAAAAUUGCUGUUACUGAUGAUGAAUGUGACGAUGUUGCUGCUAUUGAUGAUGUGAUGCUGCUGCAACUAAUGAUGAAUGUGAUGCUGCUGGUGGUGGUGCUGUUGCCGCUGCGUCUACUAAUACUGCUGAUGAUAGAGGAUUGACUUAUGAUUAAUGUGAAGAUUGUAUUUCCAUUACAUCAUCAGCUUUCAACAGUGGGUUUUCUUUUUUCGUGCAUAACAAAUUAAACAUCUCCAUCCCUUUUUAAACCCCUCUCGCUCACUAUGUCUUCGUGGUUUCAAAUAUAUAUAUUUUCUUUUAACCUUUCCCCAACCCCCUAUCAAUGCAAAAGCAUCACCAUGCUAGCCCCAGUCGUGUGAAGGGCCGUGUUUACGUCUUCAAGUGUGACAUCUGGAACCUCUGGAACUGAAAAAAACCGGUUUAAUUCCUGGGAUAUAUGGAUGGUGGUCGAGGUUAGGGACAGUGGCAGCCAAAAGAGGAAACGGCGCUUGAGAGCAUUAGCCCACCGUGGAGAUGUAACGAGGAAUUCCGCUCGUGCGCAGGCACGAGAUGGAUUGGUUACAAUGUUGCCUGCGGUGGUGAUGGUUGUCAGCGAUGGUGUUGAUAUCAGUGGUAGCGAUGGGGGUCAUGUUUGGUACAGUGAUAGUAUAGUCGCAGUGAUGGGUUAACAGCGCACUGUGGUGACUGGGUCAGGUUAACCACGAUGAUGUCCCAACCCUCUCUGUACCCAGCCAAGCGUGCCUAACGCUUACCUUUCGCAGCAAGGGGGGCAGAGGUGAGCGGACCUGAGCCACUGAGGCUUCGGUCAAGUUCCGUUAAACAGUGUUGGAAAGCCCUUAAUCUUCUACCGGGUGUUGGCAAUAUAAUCUACCCGUAGCAGGAUCACGGUGCCCAUACCCCCAUGUGAUGAUUAACGACCGCGCCGUGUUCUUAUAAAAUAAGGUUCAUCAUCCAUCAGCUGUCCAUUGCGGUCAGCAAACUAUGAAGUGCAACAACACUAGCCGUCGUUCGAUAGCAAGUGGCGGUGACGUCACCGCAGCGCUUGUGCCAGGCUGAGUGCACUUUGGAGGCCACGUGAAGUGUCAAAGGAAACCUCAUCCACGCACGCCUUAACGGGGCUCGAAUCGACACGUGCGAACAUCGGCCCGAAGGCCUGCGGGACGGGAACGUGUAAUUAGAAAAACUUUGUCAAAAAAUCGCUUUUUUGGGAAGAAUUCAAUCGGAGACAAGCACGUGCAGUCAGACAAUUUAACGCACACAGACCAGGAGAGAAAACGAAAGUGUCUUGAAUGAAUGUAUGGGGAAAGUAGUGGCCAUUUUCUAAAAUAAGUAUGUCAUUAUUGUUAUUCCUUUUUUAAAAUCGAUAGUUUUUAGAGUGUGGAUUUAAGCGAGAUUGAGAGAGGUGUUCAGAGUGAUGUGCGAGGGAGAAAGGGAGAUACGCAGUUGGACAGACAGAUAGACACGCGUGCACAUGUACAGGGCAAAAAGCGUGACCAAAGCUCGGUCUUCUUACAGCCUAGCUCCACAAUAGGAAAUCCACAGAGACACAAAUACACAGAGUGUGGUCACCAUAUCCCAAAAGCCACAACAACAUCACGGACUGAUAUAGAGACGAUCGUGAGACCAUAGCAUUGCCCAAGAUAAAUAUUGCAUUCAACUGUUAAAGUGCUGAGCGAGCAUAUAUGCUCAAAAAGUGACACCACCAUAGGCCGGUGGAGCAAUAUUCGCGACGGAGAGACCUAGGGAAUUGCAUGAUACAGAGCCAGGAAAGAGAGGAGAGAGACUGACUCGAAGAUUGACACACGGAUAUACACGAGACGCGUAGGAGACACAGGGAUAGAAAAGAGACAGGUCAACACCAAUUCCACCACCGGCCACCACCAUGACUUUCGCCCAAGUGCUCGACAUCGUUGGCAGCGCCGGGCGCUUCCAGGUGAUGCACGUGCUCAUCGUCACCUUACCCAUGCUCUUCCUCGCCGCCUGCAACAUCUUCCAAAACUUCGGCGGCGCCACCCCGAGCCACCGAUGCCGCGUCCCCUGGAUCGACGGCCCCAAUGCGACCCUGGCUCAGCAGGGGCUCCAACAACGAGGGGCCCAGCACGAGGGGGCCCAGCGAAGUUCCCCUUCGCUGCUGAGAGCGGCCGUGCCUCGGAACCCCCGAGGACAGGACAGCGCUUGCGAGGUGUACACGAAGCCACAGUGGCACCUGAUGCGGUGCGCGGAUGGCAACGGCACGGGCGGGGGCCACGGAUGUGAUGGUAGUGGCGAUGGGGGUGCACGGGCAGGUGAGGAUGUGCAGGUGGAGGGGUGCGCUCACGGAUGGAAGUUCGAUCGAAGCGAGUUCACCUCGACGAUUGUGACCGAGUGGGACCUGGUAUGCGGUCGCAGUGGGCUCAAGCAGAUGGCGCAGACCGUUUACAUGGGCGGACUGCUGAUUGGGGCCGUGGUGUUCGGAGACCUGGGGGACAGGCUUGGCCGUGGUAGGGUGCUCUCCCUUUCGUACCUUCUGACAGCGCUGGCGAGCACGGCCACCGCUUUUGCACCCAACCUCGCCAUCUACACCGCAGGGCGCUGCGUGGUGGGGCUGGGCGUCGCGGGGAUCUCGCUCAACGCGUUCUCCCUGGGUGUGGAAUGGAUCGCGAUGAAGGACCGCACGCUCUACGGGAUGCUGAGCGGCGUCGCCUACACCACGGGGCAGCUCGUGCUGGUGGCGCUCGCUUACUACAUCCGCGACUGGAGGCACCUGCAGCACUCCAUCUCUGCCGCGUUCUACGUCUUCUUCCUGUGCUCCUGGUGCACCCCCGAGUCGGCGAGGUGGCUCGUGAUGCGCGGCCACUACGAGCGAGCGCUGCAUGGCCUCAAGCGUGUGGCCGUCAUCAACGGACGAAAGCGCGAAGCCGCACAGCUCACUGUGAACUAUCUCCGCAAAGAGCUGGAGGAGGAUACGGGCCCCCGUCGCUUUUACACCAUGUUCAACCUCCUCACCAUCCCCGCUCUGCGCCGCAGAACCCUCGUCAUGAGCCUCGUGUGGUUUUCCACAUCCUUCUCGUAUUAUGGAUUUGCACUCAACAUCCGGGGCUUUUCCGUCAACAUCUUCCUCAUGCAGGUGAUCUAUGGUGCCAUCGACUACCCGGCCAAGGUAGUGGGGUUGGUGGUGCUCAGCCUCCUGGGACGACGCGCCACGCAGGCCGGCUCCCUUGCGGUGGCCAGCAUCGCCAGCUUCUGCCUGCUGGCCAUUCCGGCUGAGAGCGGCACGGCUCGCACGUGCCUGGCGGUGCUCGGCAAGGGCGCGCUCUCUUGCUCCUUCAACUGCGCCUACCUCUACACGGGAGAGAUCUUCCCCACCGUCAUCAGACAGAGUGGCCUCGGCUUGUGCUCCACAAUGGCACGGGUUGGUGGGAUGCUGGCGCCGCUGGUGAUCAUGGCGGGCGAAAGUUUGCCGGCGCUGCCGCUCUCCAUGUACGGGAGCGCGUCGCUGGUCGCGGGGUCCCUCGUCUACUUCCUGCCCGAGACGCUCAACCGCCCGCUCCCAGAGACCAUCGAGGAGCUGUCAGCGGCGCAUGCGAGAGACAGGGAAAUACCCCUCAUGGAGAAGAAGAAAUAUCACACGAAUGGCGGCAAUGUGGAGCCUCAGCCGUCAUAACGUCGUCCCGCUCUCCUCCCGCCCGGCCAAUGCCACCACUUCCAAACCCAUCUACGAGCUGGCACCGCCGAGGUCAUGCUUCGAGUCCAGGCGGCUGCCUGUGAUUUAAACCUGCUGCUCAAGUGUCGUUAGUCCAUGGUGUCAGCCCACUGACCAGGGGGCGGAGCCACAGGGGGGGUUGGGGGGGGGCUUAGCCCCCCCUUAAAUUUUAGGAAAGU